UUAUGUAUUAUACAGUUUCUGAUCGAUGAUGUUUUUAGAAUGUAUACGUGAUAAAGUGUUUAUUAUAAGUAUAACUAUACCUAGGUACGYUUAUCAUUCACAUUCAUCUGGAAUUCUGGACAUAAAAACUUAAUAAGGCGCUCAAAAAUUUCAAUUGAUCCAAAAAUGUUACCAAUAUGUAUUCGAGUAAAUAAACGCACGCUGCGAAUGAAAUUACAUUAUUUUCUUUAUUUAGGCGGUGUUGCAUCUGUUCAAGGAUUUGCACCUACAAUAGCAAAACAACUGGGUUAUUCACCGAUGGUAGUCGGUUCUGUUUUCACAUAUUUGUCCAUGUUAUCGUUUUUUGUGAAACCUAUCAUAGGAAUUAUCGUUGAUAAAUUUCGCGUGAAAAGAAUUAUGUUUCUCGCAUUUGUUUUACUAUGUGGUCUUACAGCGUUUUCUUUAAAAUUUAUCCAGAAAAUACCCACAGAAGCUGUUGCAAAUUUAAAUUGUGACACAACAACAACAUUAAACGUUUGUUCAUACGAUAACAAUCAGUUAUCACGAUGUGAUGAUAGUCUAUUGAAGCUUAUAUUAAAUAGUGCAGAACCCAUCGAAUGUCAAUUACGCUGUGAACAAAACGAAUCGUUUCAGGAAGAAAUCGAUAAAUCUUGGAAUUUUAUCGACUAUAAUAAAACUCCARAUAUUAUGUAUAUAAACGACGAAUUUGAKAAUCUCGAUGUAUCUUUGAUUAUCAAUGCGACAGACCAGAUCGAACAAAACAACGUUUUUCUAGUGAAAUCGGUACAAACCAUGAAUACACUAAUUGUAUUACCAGUCUGUCCGAGACCGGUGAGUACUCGGUGCAAGAUUAUUGACUGCUCAAACGAUGUCCUAAUAGAAUUGGCGAGUGUUCAAAAGUUCGGAGGAAGUAUUUUUGGCUUACAUCAGUUCUGGAAAUACUUAACUGUUAUGAGCUUAUUUUGGAUUAGUCAAGCAAUCACUUGGAGUCUACAAGACCCCAUAUGCUUUGAUAUUUUAGAUGAUAAACCCGAAGAUUUUGGCAAACAAAGGUGUUGGGGAUCCAUAAGUUGGGGAAUUUUCUCAGUUUUUGGAGGAGCACUGGUCGAUUACUUCAGUAAUAGUGAUUAUCAAAAAAAUUAUGUUCCAAUUUAUUAUCUAUGCCUUAUAAUUAUAUUAUGGGAUUUUGCCGUAGCGUACAAAAUAGAAAUAACUGAGACAGUUGGAUCUAAGAGUACAUUUUCAGACGUAUUCAAAUUAAUAACUAAUUUGAAUGUCAUAAUCUAUUUAAUAUGGAUCAUAGUUAUGGGGAUUUGUACAGCGAUGCCUUGGAAUUAUCUAUUUUGGUAUAUGGAGGAUUUAACCAGAAAAUAUCACAGUGAUAAGCAAUCUUGGACGAAAACUCUACAGGGUUUGGCUAUAGGAAUUCAAUGUAUCGGCGGUGAAUUGCCAUUCUUAUUUUUUUCCGGUUGGUUGAUCAAACGAAUUGGUCAUUCGUAUUGCAUGGCCCUAGGUCUUUUCGCUUUUGCUCUUAGAUUCUAUCUGUACUCUGUGAUUACCAACCCGAUUUGGAUACUGCCAGUCGAGUUCAUCAAUGGUAUUACGUUUGGAUUGUGUCAUGCUGUCUUGUUAGCAUAUGCUAGAUUUAUUGCUCCACAGAGUUCUGCCACGACAGUCGUAGCAUUAUCUGGAGCACUAUUCGAAGGUGUUGGUACAUCUAUUGGUGGUUUAGUCGGUGGUUCUUUGUACCAAACAUAUGGAGGAAAGCAGACAUUUAAAUUAUUUACAUAUGGCUCACUAAUGAUGGGUAUUCUCCAUGUAAUAUUUAUUAAGUUAAAUAAUAAGUCAAAUAAUAUGAAAACCUUAAAAUAAAAAUA